AUGUCCAAGAGGAAGGGUCUGUCUUUCGAUGAAAAGAAGUCUACCCUCCUGUCUGCCAUGCAAGCAGAGGCCGCCUUCUUUACGCUGAAGGAGCUCGAGACGCUGGGAAAGUCCAAGGGAGUGAUCCCCCAGGCAGUCAAAGAGGUUGUGGAGAGCUUGGUCGCUGAUGAUGAGGUGCAGAGUGACAAGGUGGGGUCUCAGAUUCUCUUCUGGGCGUUGCCUUCGCAGCGGACUGCCACGCUGCAGAACAAGCGUCAGAAGCUCCAGGCUGAGACCAACCAGCUGCAGUCGGAGCUGCAGAAGCUGCAGGCCGAGCUUGCGCAAUUGUCUUCUCAGUCUGCGCCAACAGAGGAGGAGGCCGCCACCCUCCGAGCACAAGCGCUGCUGGAGCGCAAGAAGUGCGAGCAGCUGCGUUCCGAGAUCCAGGCCUAUGAGAGAUGCGGUCCGGCCAAGCUGGCGGAGAUGAAGAAGCAGACAGCGAUUGCCAAGGAAGCUGCCAACCGCUGGGCAGACAAUAUCUGUGCAGUCCGCUCUCUCUUCUUGAGGGAACGCCGCGGCGAAGUGAGUGCGGUGCAGUUCAAUCAGACCUUCGGGUUGCCGGAGGACUUUGAUUAUUUGGAGUGA